AUGGAGUUUCAUCGCACCAUUGCAUGGCAUGCUGCUAAGACCAUGGCGCUAAAGACCUCGCGUGGCCAAGUUCCCAGCUGUCUCUGUAAUAUUCAGCGCGCAAACCCUGGGCGUAUUCAGGUUUACAAAUCAGGCAAGCAAGCAAAUCCACCCGCAUGGACCGGCUCCGAUCAGUGGCUGCCGAAGCAGCUCGGCCGUCUCACGACACAGAGGCGACCGUCGUCGUCCCGCAGGACGUCGAAAGCCAGCCCGUUCUGCCCGAAGAUUCAGCAGGAUCAGGCGAAAAGACCCAUGUACGCCAACCAAGACCCCGACACCUCCCCGAUCAGGGUCUGGCAGUUCCCCAACACCCUGGCGGGCGACACGGCCGUCACCAUCAUCAUCCAGUGUCUAGUCACGUGGUUCAUCGAAAGCGCCAUCCUAAAGGGUGACCUCCGCGGCAACAAGGUCGAGCCCCUCAGGCUCCAGGCCCUGCCCCGGCCCGAGUCUCGCCUUCUACGCUGGCUGUUCCUCCUCGACGACGAUAGGGCCGCUGCUCACUGCACAGGCAACGGACCCAAGGGAUUCAUCGCGUUCGUCGUCGCGCAGGCCCUCAGAGCCCUCCUGCUGGCCGUGCCCAGCGUCCUGAUCCUAUGGCCGCCGUCGAUCGGCGCUCUGCUGUCCCUGGGCUCGACCCGGUACGGGAACGAUCCUGUUUUCGAGCCGACGUGGGGACCCGAGAUCUUCAAGGGUGUUCUCGGCGGCGUCUUGGGUCUCUUGACCACGCCUCUCAAUGCGAUUUUCUGGCUGGCACGAGCUGGUUGGGGCGAGACGGCGGCGAUCAUAUGAGACUGGGGACUCGUUGUU